UAGACAAAUUACAUCACCAUUCUUCAAAACAGAAUAACUUCAAAGUGCUCGCUGAGCGUUGCUAAUUUUCUAAACUUCUGAAUUUAGUUCAAUUAUUCGACAAUAAAAAAUAUGUCAGAAAAAGUAACAGUUAUUGUAAAAGAGGGUAAGGUUCGAGGCAUCAAAAAAAAGUCAACAUUCUCAAAUACUGAAUAUUACUCGUUUUUUGGAGUACCAUACGGACAGAGCACUGCAGGAACAUUCCGCUACAAGGACCCUGUACCAAUCAAACCUUGGAAAAAUGUUCGUGAUGCAUCGAUUGAGAAGAAAAGUGGCUGUUUGCAAUAUUCAGUGCACUAUAGAUGCAUUUGCGGGUCUGAAGAUUGCCUAUACCAUAAUAUUCACACUCCCAAAAUACCAUCAAAAGGCGACCCUCUGAAAGCUGUGAUAGUCAAUAUUCAUCCAGGAGGAUUACUUCACGGUUCGCCAGAAACAUGGCAUUAUGGAUCACCCGAGUUGAUAAUGCAUCUCGAUGUUGUAUACAUCUCCAUAGCUUUUAGACUGCAUUUUCUAGGAUUUUUGAACUUGGGCCUUGAAGAAUGCUCGGGUAAUCAAGGAUUGAAGGAUAUAAUAAUGGGUCUCAGAUGGAUAAAAGAUAACAUUAGCGUAUUUGGCGGUGAUCCUGAUAAUGUAACGUUAAUAGGGAGUAGCAUUGGAGCUGCUGUGAUACAUCUCAUCAUGUUAUCGCCAUUAGCAAAAGGAUUAUUCCACAAGGGCGUUAUGAUGGGUGGAUACGCUUUCAAUCUUCUAAGCAUUUUUCCAGAAGAUAAUGUCACGUUGAGUACACAAGUACUCCAAGACCUUGGUUAUGGAGAAAUUGAUAACACUGAUACGAAAAAAAUAUUAUCAAUUUAUCGAAAACUAGCUAUAGAGAAAGCUAUUGAUUACAGACCUGACCGAUCAAUUAACAACAGUUUAGGUACGCCAUUCCCUUGCUCUCCUUUUUUGCCGUCGAUAGAUCCAGGGGACAACGGCGCGCUACCUUUAUAUUAUAGAAAAUUAAUCGAAACAAGCACACGAGUGCCUGUAUUAUUUGGAAUUUGUGAAAAAGAAGCCGUAAUGGGAUUCUGCAGUGGAAUGAGAGAAGGCACAAGAAAAAAUUUCUUCAAGGCUAUUCGAUAUAACUAUUAUGGCUGGGGACAUGAUGUUACAGAUGAUGAAAUUAAAUACAUCAAAAAUCAUAUAGAAGCUUUUUAUUGGAAAGGAAAACCAAUAGAGGCAGCUCCCAUACCACUUAAAAUUGAUAUUCACACAGAUAUGGCGUAUUCGGAUGUAUAUAAUACAUUAAUCAAUGUGAUCGCAAAAGAUCUUCCUUCAUCAGUUUACGUUUAUAAGUUUACGUUCGAAGGUAAUGCUGGAACCUUAAGAGAUGCACUAAUUGGAUCGCUAGGAGAAUCAGUAGAAGGAACUUAUCACGCCGAGGACUUUUGUUACUGGUCUAAAUCUACAAAUCGUUGGGACAUGCAUGAUCGACAAUACAAUCCGGAAACUACUAAAAUGAUUCACACUUUCACCAAAAUCAUUGGGAAUUUUGCUAAAACUGGGAACCCAAAUUGUGAGGACCUUGGAACACAUUGGAGCCCAUCGACUAUUGAGAAGCCAUGUUAUAUGAAAAUAGAUAAGAAAAUGGAAUUGAUAGAUGGCAAAUUGAAUGCAAAACGAAUGGAAUUUUGGGAAAAUUUAAAAAAAGAAUUGAAAAGAGAAUGAAUCGAAGGCAAUUUUUUCACAUAAACGGCUGGAUAUUAUACAAAAAUGUAAAGUACAAAUAGACUGCAAUUUGAAAUAAAACCGAUUAUCUAAAUUAGAAAAGAGAAACUGUAAAUUCGAUUUCCCAGAUUUUCUUUAAAUUUGCUAAUGAAAGGUAAGUACUGACUAAGCGAGUUCAUGGAGAUAUGGGUCUUCAAAGAGGGGACUUACUUCAAAACAAAAUCGUGUUUUUUUUUUGCUCUGGCCUCUACUUAAUCUGUUUUGAGAAAAAAUCAAGUAAAACAGGCAAAACUUGAUCAGUUUUUUUUUCAAAGUUGCAAAUAAUUUCUAUCAAAAAAAAAAAAAAAAAAAAAAGUGAUAAAA